AUGGACGAAGAGAAAAGAGGUAUCGUGAACAGAUCGAUUUUCAGCGGCGGGGGCGGCGGGGGCGGCCUGAGGCGGAGCCCUUCCGAGAUGGCGCUUUACGAGCUUUUUGCUUCUGUAGACGACGAGAACUUUCAAAACAGACCCAAUAGGAUCUUCGGAGGCUCUGGAUCCUAUAUUCACGACUUGUUUUCCGUCGAGGAUGGCGAUCGGCCGCGUUUGGCUCUCGAUAAUUUGGAAAAUCUCAAAGAGUUCUCGGGUUCUAAUUCUUUGGCUGAUAACACUUCAAUCUGUUCUCAAAGUCUGUAUGCCAAACAGUCCAAGUUCUUGUUGCCGAUUGACUCACAAUCUUCUAUAUGCGCUGGUAGCCCAUUAUCGGCAAAUAUUUCAAAGGGGGAAGAUAAUCAAAUAGUUGAAGAUAGCAGUGAUGAGCAAUCAGAUGAUGAUUUUGACAUUGAGACAGAAGCGGGUUCUUGUGAGCAAAACAAAAGUCCUAUUGAUAUCAAGCGCUUCAAAAGGAUGGUUUCUAAUAGGGAGUCCGCUCGGCGCUCGAGAAGAAGAAAGCAGGCACAUUUGGCAGAUCUUGAAAAACAGGCUGAGGAAUUACGAGGAGAGAAUGCUGCAUUGUACAAACAACUUGCGGAUGCUACUCAGAGAUUCAAAGACUCAACAACUAAUAACCGAGUUCUUAGAUCUGAUGUUGAAGCUCUUAGAGCCAAGGUGAAACUAGCUGAAGAUAUGAUUGCUCGUGGCUCAUUGACCUCCAGCUUGAGCCAUCUCCUUCAAAAUUACUUGAACGUUCCACAAGACUACGCUAAUAACAACACAAACUUCGUAGUGCCCCCAAUAAUGGCCCCACACAUUGGAGACAACAACUCUCCACAUAACGAGAUAUCAGGAUCAACCAUUGGAAUUCAAAAUGCCGAGCCCUUCAACAGCGUACUGAAUGGAGUUAUUGGUGAGGUAUCGACUUGGGAGUCUCAUAUCAAGUGA